UAUAGAUAUAAAUACACACACUACAUCAUACAAUAUUAACUCUUAAUCUACUCAAAUUUCUGUCUCCUUUCUCCCACUUCCUCUUUCUGAUGGAUUUCCUGGAAGAACAUGAGAUCCCGAUUGUCAUUUCGGUUUUUUCGGUUUCCAUUGUUGCAUUCUUACUUUUCUCCAAGAAACCUAAAGGAUGCAUAGAUCCUGAUAAGUAUAGGGACUUCAAGCUGGUGAAACGCACACAACUUAGCCAUAACGUCGCUAAAUUCAGAUUCGCUCUUCCUACGCCUUCUUCCGUCUUGGGACUUCCUAUUGGACAGCAUAUUAUUUGCCGGGGUACGGAUAGCCAAGGUCAAGAGAUAACUAAACCAUACACCCCGACCACUUUGGAUACCGAUGCUGGUUAUUUUGAGUUGGUUAUUAAGAUGUAUCCACAAGGCCGUAUGUCCCACCACUUCAGAGAGAUGAAAGAAGGUGACUAUCUGUCUGUCAAGGGACCAAAGGGGGAGUUCAAGUAUCGACCUGGUGACGCUAGAGCAUUCGGAAUGCUUGCUGGUGGUUCAGGUAUCACUCCAAUGUUUCAGGUUGCCAGAGCUAUUCUAGAAGACGAAUCAGACAAGACCAAGUUGGAUCUCAUCUAUGCGAAUGUCACCGUUGAUGACAUCCUUCUUAAGGAAGAAUUGGACACACUUGCUACUAAAUACUAUGGCCGCUUCAAAGUUUACUACGUAUUAGAGCAGCCACCCGAGGGAUGGACAGGUGGCGUUGGCUUUAUAUCCAAGGAAAUGAUCGAAGAACAUCUUCCUGAACCGGCUUUUGAUAUUAAGAUCCUAAGGUGUGGGCCGCCCGCGAUGAACAAGGCAAUGGCUGGUCAUCUUGAAGCUUUGGGAUAUGAACCACGUGCACAAUUUCAGUUCUGAAUCUGAACCUACUUAUGUGAGAAGGGUCUGUAGAUUUUGUUGUGUUUAAAAUCUUAUUUGAAUAAACUGUGUUAUGGUAGGACAUCCCAUUAUCAGUCUGAGACAUGUGAUUUGUAAUUUGUUGCAUGCAAACUGGAAUAAUUUCGAAAUCAUAGGUGCAAUACCUCUUUUUUUAUUA